CUUUAGUGUAUAUGGUUCUUUGAGACUCAAGACAUAUAAAUGUGUAUGUGUAUGACUUGCUGCCUCCAUGGUUAUCUUGAGAUGAGUAAUCUGUUUCCAGACCUUACUGAGAUGACAAGCAGUGUGACUGUGACAUGCGUUAUUUUAACAGCCUCACAGACUGAAGAGUCGGGUGGCCACUGACCUGGCACUGUCUCUGCCGCUCCACACUCACUUGGUGGUGACCGGCUGCCCUGGGGGUGGUGGUGUGGCAGGUGUUUGCCAGGUUAGUGUUGCUGUUCAACACCUUCCAGCCCGUCUUACACCGUCCACUUCUAAGCAUUGGUAGCAGUGUACUUUCUACGAGUUUUUAAGAACCGUGGGUACCGAUGGAUGUGGCCGAGAGCCCUGAACGGGAUCCUCGCUCUCCAGAGGAUGAAGAGCAGCCACAGGGGCUCUCGGACGAUGACAUUCUGAGGGACAGCGGGUCCGAUCAGGAUUUGGACGGGGCGGGGGUGAGGGCUUCUGAUCUGGAGGAUGAGGAGAGUGCAGCCAGGGGGCUGAGCCAGGAGGAGGAAGAUAACCACUCCGACGAGGACCGGGCAAGUGAGCCUAAAUCCCAAGAGCAGGACUCAGAGGUGAAUGAGCUGAGCCGGGGCCCGACCAGCCCCCACUGCGAGGAGGAAGGGGACGACGGGGAGGAAGACAGGACAAGCGACCUUAGGGACGAGGCCUCCUCAGUCACCAGGGAGCUGGACGAGCAUGAGCUAGACUACGACGAGGAGGUCCCCGAGGAGCCGACUCCCGCCGUCCAGGAGGACGAGGCCGAGAAAGCGGGGGCUGAGGAUGAGGAGGAGAAGGGCGAAGGCGCUCCCGGGGAGGAGGGGAAGGCUGGUGUUCAGAGUGUGGGAGAAAAGGAAUCCCCAGAGGCUGCCAAGGAGAAAAAGAAAGAGGACGAUGAUGGAGAGAUCGAUGACGGGGAAAUAGACGAUGAUGACCUGGAAGAAGGUGAAGUGAAGGACCCCAGUGACAGGAAGGUGAGACCUCGUCCCACCUGCCGGUUCUUCAUGAAAGAUGUUGUGACACCAUUAUCCACUCUUCUUCCACCAAUAUCCAAUUCCAUACCAUUCAGAGGCCAGGUUAAAGGGAACUGUACCUGGGGAAUGAAUUGUAGGUUUAUACACCCUGGAGUGAACGACAAGGGGAACUACUCCCUAAUCACCAAAGCCGACCCCUUCCCGCCUAAUGGCGCCCCGCCUCUCGGACCUCACCCGCUGAUGCCCGCCAACCCUUGGGGUGGGCCGGUAGUUGAUGAAAUUUUGCCUCCACCCCCUCCAGAGCCCCCAACAGAGAGUGCCUGGGAACGAGGACUCCGGCAUGCAAAGGAGGUUUUAAAAAAAGCAACUAUCCGAAAAGAACAGGAGCCUGAUUUUGAAGAGAAAAGGUUUACGGUGACCAUUGGCGAAGACGAACGGGAAUUUGACAAAGAAAAUGAAGCUUUUCGAGAUUGGAAUUCUCGGAUCCCGAGAGAUGUCAGAGACACAGUACUCGAGCCUUAUGCGGACCCUUAUUAUGACUAUGAAAUUGAGCGGUUUUGGCGUGGCGGACAGUAUGAGAAUUUCAGGGUGCAGUAUACAGAAACAGAGCCGUACCAUAAUUACCGAGAAAGGGAGCGGGAGCGAGAGAGAGAGAACAGACAGCGCGAGCGUGAGCGGGAGCGGGAGCGGGACCGAGAGCGGGAGCGCCGGCAGAGGGAGCGUGAGCGAGAGCGGGAGCGUGAGCGCGACAAGGAGCGGCAGCGGAGGAAGGAGGAGUGGGAGCGUGAGCGAGCCAAGCGGGACGAGAAGGACCGGCAGCACCGUGACCGCGACCGGGAGAAGGAGCGGGAGAAGGAGAAGGGGAAACCCAAGCCCCGCUCCCCACAGCCACCAAGCCGCCAAGCUGAGCCACCAAAGAAGGAGGCCGCCACUGCGGGGCCGCAGGUGAAGCGAGCAGAUGAGUGGAAGGACCCUUGGCGCCGAUCCAAGUCUCCCAAGAAGAAACUCGGGGUGUCGGUCUCCCCGAGCCGGGCUCGAAGGCGCCGCAAAACAUCAGCCUCGUCGGCCUCUGCCUCUAAUUCCUCCAGGUCAUCUUCACGGUCAUCGUCCUACUCCGGCUCCGGCUCCUCCCGGUCACGAUCCCGGUCUUCAUCCUACAGCUCCUACUCCAGCCGCUCUUCCAGACACAGCUCGUUCUCAGGAAGCCGGUCCAGGUCCCGGUCCUUCUCUUCGUCCCCUUCCCCAUCCCCAACACCUUCCCCACAUAGACCUUCCAUCAGAACCAAGGGAGAGCCGGCCCCGCCGCCCGGGAAAGCAGGAGAGAAGUCAGUGAAGAAGCCGGCCCUGCCUCCAGCCCCACCACAGGCCACCAAAACCACAGCUCCUGUCCCCGAGCCCACCAAGCCAGGAGACCCUCGGGAAGCCAGGAGGAAGGAGCGGCCAGCCAGGACCCCCCCCAGGAGGCGGACGCUCAGUGGCAGCGGCAGUGGCAGUGGCAGCAGCUAUAGUGGUUCCAGCUCCCGAUCCAGGUCCCUGAGCGUGAGCAGUGUCUCCUCAGUGUCCAGUGCUACGUCGAGCAGCAGCUCUGCACACAGCGUGGACUCGGAGGACAUGUACGCAGACCUGGCUAGCCCCGUGUCCUCAGCCAGCUCUCGGUCCCCAGCCCCAGCCCAGACCAGGAAGGAGAAAGGAAAAUCUAAGAAAGAAGACGGUGUUAAAGAGGAAAAGCGGAAAAGGGAUUCAUCCACGCAACCACCUAAAUCUGCAAAACCUCCAGCAGGGGGGAAGUCCUCCCAGCAGUCCUCGACCCCCCAGCAGGCACCCCCCGGGCAGCCCCAGCAGGGCACGUUUGUGGCCCACAAGGAGAUCAAGUUGACACUGUUGAAUAAGGCGGCUGAUAAAGGAAGCAGGAAGCGCUAUGAACCAUCAGACAAGGACAGGCAGAGCCCUCCUCCAGCCAAGCGGGCCAACACAUCCCCAGACCGAGGUUCUCGGGACCGGAAGUCAGGUGGGAGACUGGGCUCCCCGAAGCCAGAGCGACAGAGAGGCCAGAACUCCAAAGCCCCUGCAGCCCCAGCUGACAGGAAGCGCCAGCUGUCACCACAGUCCAAGAGCUCCAGCAAGGUCACGAGCGUGCCCGGCAAAGCCUCGGAUCCCGGCGCCGCCAGCACCAAAUCAGGGAAGGCCAGCACGCUGUCACGGCGGGAGGAGCUGCUGAAACAGCUGAAGGCCGUGGAGGACGCUAUUGCGCGCAAGCGGGCCAAGAUCCCCGGGAAAGCAUAGGCCGUGCCCCUGACGGGACUGGACGCAUUUUUAUACAUAGGGUAAGCGCAGCCAUUUUGGAUUUUGCAGUUAAUGUCUUAUUUUGGCUGUGAUUCUUUUUAAAAAGUAAAAAAGAAAAAAAAGUUUCUCAGCUGGAAAAGAAGCCACACAGGAGAUGACGACGACGCUGAGUCCCAGCCUCCCUCCCCAGAGCAGAAGUCCCACAGGACAGACACAGACAGCGCUAGUGACCAGCACAGUUCUCAUGUAAAUUACAAGCCCCAGCCGCCAGCCCCGCCUUCUCUUCCUCCUCCACCGUCUUCUUCCCUGGCCCUGGUCAGGCCUGGGCCUGUGGAGCCCCAGCUCUGCGUCCCCAGCCCGGGUCCAGGCAGCCAGGCUCCCUCCUGAGCUGAGAAAUGGAACCUCGCGAACCACUGGUGGCACCUCCUUCUCCUCCCCGCCCCCGAUCACCCGCCCCCGGAUCAGAAAUAUCUAUAUUCUCGACUAAAGUCUCAUCAGGAAAUACUUCCUGUCUUUUAUUUUAAGCAUCAAAUUGUUUUAGUUGAUUUAAACAGGAAAAAAUACAGAAAAGACCAAAAAAAAAGCCAAGGGUAUUGUUGGGGCGUCUGUCUAAUGUGGAGGGUCUUUUUUGAGGGGUCUCCUAAAAUAAAAUAUUUUGAUAAGCA